CCAUCUUCACUCAUUCUUUUCCACUCAAUUCAACUCAAAUUCCCUUUAAUUCUUUCAUAUUUUGAACCAAAAAAAACCAUCUUUUCCCCUAUAUUUUACCUUUACAAGUUUUUUUUUUCAAUUUUUUUAAAGAUUUAAAUGGAUCUUGAUUUGAUAAGGGAGCAUCUUUUGGAUGAUGUUGCUUUUAUGGAAAAUUAUUGUUCAUCUUCAGAAACAAGUAGUACUCUUUAUUCUCAAAACUCCUCUGUUUCUGAAUCAUUUGAUUCUUUAACCUCUGAUCUCAAAAUGGAAACUUUCUCUUUUGAUCCCACAAACUUUGCUCAAAAUUUGAACCAAGAAUUUAAUUCCUUUGAAUUUGAACCAAAACCCAACUUAGUAACCCCUACAACAAUCUCAAAUUCACCCAAAAAAACAAGUUUUAAUGAAAGAAAACCUUCUUUAAAUAUUACAAUACCUAAUGUCAAGAAAACAGAGCAACCAAAAACAGAGGAGCCAAAAACAGAGGAGUUAAAAACAGAGGAAGUAAAAACAGAGUACUCUGUUCAGAAGAAAUACAGAGGAGUUAGGCAAAGGCCAUGGGGGAAAUUUGCUGCUGAAAUUCGUGACCCGACCCGAAAGGGAACUCGGGUUUGGUUAGGAACUUUUGAAACAGCAAUAGAAGCAGCUAUGGCAUAUGAUAGAGCAGCAUUUAAGCUAAGAGGGAGUAAAGCAAUCUUGAAUUUUCCACUUGAAGUUAGUAACUUUAAGCAAGAAAAUAAUGUGAUUGAGCAAAGUGUAAAUUUGAAUUUAAACUUAAAUUCAAGUGGGAAAAGGGCAAGAGAAGUGGUGAAUGAAGAUGAAGUUGUGGUAAAAAAGGAGGUAAAAAGAGAGCAAAUGGUAACUCCUUUGACACCUUCAAAUUGGUCUUCAAUUUGGGAUUGUGGAGAUGGAAAGGGUAUUUUUGAAGUGCCACCUUUGUCACCAUUUUUGGUUUCAUAAAAUGGAUUGAACAAAUAAAAGGGAUGUCCAAAAAAAAGAAAAAUAUGGAGUCCCUUUUGGGAAAUUGGAUAAAAGUUAAUAGAAAGAUCUAUCGGAAACACAACGUCUCUAACCCCACAAGGUAGGAGUAAGAUCUGUGUACAAACUACCUUUCCAAAUUUUAUUUAUCGGAUUACACUGAAUUUAUUGUCGUUGUUGUUGGAUAAAAGUUAAAAGUACAAGAUUAACCAUUUGUCCUAAACAAGGAUGACAAGUACAAAAAAUUUGGUAAGAAACAUGAGGUGAUGGGGAAGAAUGAAGGUUGUUUGGAUCAUGCAUUUUUUUGUUCUCUUUGAUUUGAUUGAUUAUCAAUGUAAAUAUGAACUCAGUCUAGAAAUUUUGUUUGAUUGGUUUAUUCAGUUUGUAUGCAAUGGAAAUGGAAGUAAUGUAAAUUCCUUUUUAUUUUUAUUUUGUCUCAA